GCCCGCAGCAGCAGCGGGAGGAGCCCGGGGCCGCCGCCCGAGCGCAGGCUCACUGACGGUGUCCGGGGACAGGCUCUGUGGGAGAGCCGGUCUCCUAGUCACAGCUCCGUGUUCUUUCGUGUAGGCCAAUCACCGCCGCCAUGGCGCGGGUGCUGAUCGUGGGCGCCGGGCCGACCGGCAGCCUGUGCGCUGCGCUGCUGCGGAGAGAGCUGCCCCAGCGCCCGCUGCGCAUCGUGCUGUGGGACAAAGCGCGAGGAGCAGGAGGAAGAAUGACUACAAGCAGGAGCCCACAUAACCCUCGCUGUACAGCGGAUCUGGGAGCACAGUAUAUAACGCUUAGACCCGCCUAUGCCCUAAAGCAUCAAAGCUUCUACGAGGACCUUUUGGCCCAUGGUGUGUUGAAGCCAUUGACUGCCCCUGUGGAAGGAAUGGUGAUGGAAGAAGGAUCUCACAAUUUUGUGACACCUCAGGGAAUCUCUUCAAUUGUCAAGCAUUAUUUAACAGAGUCAGCAGGUGCAGAUGUCUUCUAUGAACACCAUGUAACACAGAUCUACCUCAGAGGGGGGAAAUGGGAGGUCUGCAAGAAAACAGGAUCCCCAGAACAGUUUGACAUAGUUGUUCUCACAAUACCUGUUCCACAGAUUCUUCAACUUCAAGGUGACAUUGUGAACAUAAUUAAGGAAAGUCAAAAGCAGCAACUGGAAUCUGUGAGCUACUCCUCUCGUUACGCUCUGGGACUCUUUUAUGAAGCUGGCACAUGGAUUGAUGUUCCCUGGGCUGCACAGUACAUCACCAAUAAUCCCUGCAUACGCUUCAUCUCCAUCGAUAAUAAGAAGCGCAAUAUAGAGUCUUCCGAAUUUGGGCCAUCUGUUGUUGUGCACACCAGUGUACCAUUUGGAACUGCACAUCUAGAAUGGGAUAAGGAAAAGGUGCAGCCGAUAAUCCUGGAUCAUCUGGAAAAUAUUAUGCCAGGUCUGCCUAAACCAACUAGCAUCAAGUGCCAGAAGUGGAGAUACUCUCAGGUUACAAAAGCCAUCCCCAGUUGUCCAGGACAAAUGACUCUUCACAUCAAACCUCUCCUGGUGUGUGGGGGCGAUGGAUUUACUCAUUCCAACUUUGACGGAGAUGAAGUACCAAUAAAAUGUGCUGCCUAUCCUAAAAGUGGUGCAACCAGAAAUAAACAGCCUGUACCUGUGAAAGGAAGAAAGAAGAGAGUGCUAGAAAGAAUACAGGUGGACAUACAAAUGUAUAUAUCUCAUGUCACUAGAUUUGUUAUCUCAUAGUAUUUUCUAAUAUGUACUUUUGCAUCUGGGCUGUAACACUAAGUUGUAACACUAAGUUAACGUCAGUGAAUUUAACUAACACACCCACCCCAUUACUGGACCAGAAAAUAGAUGCACUUAAAAUAGUUCAAUAUUUGCCAGAUUAGUGGUUCAGCGAAUAAUGCAUCAUCCCUCAGUUCUUUGACCCUUUGCUGCCUGAAGAGAAAUUGAUCCUUCGCCUCUUAAACAGAGUGCACUCUAGCGACUAUAGAAAAGGUACAGGAGAAUCAACUAUAGAAGAAUGUGCCAUUGCUUGAGUGGAUAACAAAUGCAAAGAAAAAGUGUAUAAAAGGACUUCACAUGAGCAUAAUUACAUAACUGUGUAAUAACAGGAAUAAAACUGGUGAUGGCUUUCCAGGUUCAGAGUUACAGUAGCUACACUAAAAACAUUAAAACUAGGGCUGUCAAGCGAUUAAAAAAAUUAGUGUGUGAUUAAUCACAUGAUUAAAAAAUUAAUCAUGCGAUUAAUCACACGUUUAAACAAUAAUAGAAUUC